GGCCAAGUGCCCUUCCUGCUUGUGUCCAUAAAAACAAAGCAGAUGCAGUUGAUGUGAAGCGCGCUGCGCAGUAGCUUUAGCCGGGUACAUUUAGCUUAAAAACGGUAACAGAUCAGACACGUAACAUGGACUAUUCUGGAAAGGAGAAGGAAGCCAUGGCUUUAAUGGCUGAAGCUGACAAGAAAAUGAGAACGUCAGGCUCAUUCUUCGGAACGUUUUUUGGGAGCUCCUCUAAAGCAGAGGAGGCCUGUGACAUGUACGCACGAGCUGCUAACAUGUUCAAGAUGGCAAAGAACUGGAGUGCCGCUGGAGAUGCAUUCUGCAAAGCAGCCAAGCUGCGAUUGCAAAUACAGAGCAAACACGAUGCUGCCGUUAACUUUAUCGAUGCUGGCAAUGCUUACAAAAAAGCAGAUCCUCAAGAGGCCAUCAAGUGUCUCAGCAGGGCCAUUGAUAUUUACACAGAUAUGGGACGUUUCACCAUUGCAGCAAAACACCACAUCUCCAUAGCUGAGAUCUAUGAAUCUGACUUGGUGGACAUUGAUAAAGCAGUCGCCCAUUACGAGCAGGCCGCAGAUUAUUACAAAGGCGAGGAGUCUACCAGUUCAGCCAACAAGUGCCUUCUUAAAGUGGCCACAUAUGCUGCGCAGCUGGAACAGUACCAGAAAGCUAUUGAAAUAUAUGAGCAGAUUGGAACGUACUCCAUGGAUAACACCUUGCUGAAGUAUGGAGCUAAGGAUCACUUCUUCAAGGCAGCGCUAUGUCACUUCUGUGUAGAUAUGCUGAAUGCCAAGUUGGCCGUGCAGAGAUAUGAGGAAAUGUUUCCUGCCUUCUCGGAUGCCAGGGAGUGCAAACUUGUUAAGAAACUUCUUAAUGCAUAUGAGGAGCAGGAUGUUGAUGCGUUUACAGAUGCUGUGAAGGAGUUUGACUCCAUCACAAGGCUGGACCAGUGGCAGACCAGCAUGUUACUGAGAAUUAAAAAGACCAUUCAGGAAGACGAGAACGACCUCCGCUAAUAUUCUAUAAAGCCACGGUGCCCAUCAUUGGCUUCAUCUCAUGAUUUCCUAUGCACAUGCACUCAACCUUAUGAUAUUCCUCUCAGCCUUUGGUUUGUUUCAUUUGUUCUAAUGAAAGUUACAGUUGCCCGAUUGUUUCUCUUUACACUUCAGAUCUGGUUGUCAAUGCAAAGGUCUUUAAUUGCAAAGAACACUGUGAAGUUGUGUAGAAUAGCACUGGUUCAUAUUUAUUGUAUAAAUGCUUAUCUCCUUUAUAAUUUCUCUAAAUUUACUUCCCAAUACUACUACUUCUGCAUAACAUUUACCACUGAUUAAUGUGAAAUAUGUAAAUGAACCUGUACAAUUUUGUACCUUUUUUUGUUUUCCUGCCAAAAACUGAAAUGGCACUAAUUGCCGUUUUCCUCUUUUCCUCUGUUGAGGAAAUUGGCUUUCAUUUAAUUUUAUUCGUAAAUUUAAAGAAUCAGUACAAACAACUAUAUUAGUGAUCAACACUUCUACAGGAUUACAGUCAAAUUAAAGAAUUAACACUGGUGUAAGUUGUUUUAGGACACAUUCCACAAAGGUCAUAAUGUACUUCUCUGUCUGCAGACUGUGAACGAAGGAUGUGGGUAAGCUCUUUAUAGUUCAUAGCAUUUUUGAGAACUGAAGUUUUUUGAAGUCGAACAAACUUCUUUAAACAGAUGUUAUGCUAGUUUUGUGCAAUUCAUUUUAUUUAUUUGUUGGUCUGUUAAUUAGAGGUUGGCUAAUAAUGCCAAAAACAGGGAACAGAGUUAUGUUCAUAGCCUAGAAGUGACCAAAACUGAUCUUUAUUUAUUCAACAUUUGCAAUCUUUACUUUGCAAUCUAUUAUUUAAUGUUUUGAUUGUCUCAGCUUCAAAGGAGUAUUCAGAUGUUUACGUAACUGAGUUAUUUGACUCUAUUACACAUCAUGUUUAGUUGGUCAAGGUUUGCAAGUUUUAGAACUUAAACACUUAGAAGUAUUGAUUCAUUCCUGUUUUCUUUUUGUGAUGUGGAGGGAACCUUCCUCAUGAACUGGACUGAGGCAGUGUUUGCAUUGGAAUUGUACUGUAAUCAAGGCUAGCAGCAUAAUUGAGCUUGGAAUGUAAUGGCAUGAUGAUCUUCAAAUAUUGCACCCAGGUCCCCAAAGCAAACCCUGCUCCCUGCUUUGAAAGUUUUCUGAUAAAUGUUCUGAUACCCUGGGGCAUGUGUUUACUCCUCUCUUCUGUUAAUGCUAGACUGUUUCAAAGGUAAAUAAAUCAUUUGACUCAG